AAUUAUAAUGUUUAUUAAUAAACUUGUCCCCCUGCGUUGGUUGUGCCAGCAGCAAAUUCGCCCCCUAAAUGUGGCCUUCUAUAGUAAACAAGAUUUUCCAAGUAAAACACAAAUCGACCCAGAAACGGGGGAAAUCAAAAAAAAGAAAACCAAUCCGGUACCUAAAAUUACUCUAAUAAGUGGCCAAGAUAUUACUGUAUCAACCCUUGAUGAAGCUCAAAAAUUAGCCAAAAGACGUGAGCUUAAACUAGUGAAAAUAAUCGAUUUAGAUACAAAAACCCAAAGGCCUUUGUAUAAGCUAAUGUCAGGGGCAGAGUAUCAUCAAGAGGAUUUAAAACAGCGUGAAAAGAAAAAGGCUGAUAAGCAAAAAGGGGGCUUAAAAGGGGAAAAACUACUUAUACUCAACCAAAAAAUAACUGAGCAUGAUUUGGAAACUAACAUUAAAAAAAUCAUCAAAUGGCUAACAAAGAAAUAUGAAGUUAGAAUGGUUAUUAAUGGCAGUGCAGAAAAUACUCAAAAUGCUGAAAAUGUCUAUUCUUUUCUAGAAAAAAACCUAUCUUCCUAUGGUAGAUUGGUUCAGAAAAGGCAAAAGGGUACCGAUAUAAAAUUCCAAGUUAUUCCACCUAAAAAAGACAAUGAUAACAAUAAGGGCCCUCUAUGACUAGCUGUAGUUGCAAUAGGAUUAAUAUUUGCUUGUAAAUACUAUUUCUAUGUGAAUUUGUAUAAAAAGAAAAGGAAAUAAAUAAUUAUGUUUAUAAAGUUGAUUAUUGUGGUUUGGUAAUCU